AUGGAGAACCUGGAGGCCAUCGACAAGCUUCCUGGUGGUCUCCGCCAUCUGAGAGUGCGCGAUUCUGACGAGUUGGAAAAGUACAAGAUCCCUUGCGCGACGGUUCCUCGUCCGCCCUUCAACACUACCGGAAAGGAGAUCGACGUCACUUUGAACGCGUAUCCGAUCCUCAAGUACCCGAGCAGGAAAAUCUACCAGUACGACGUCCAAAUCGGCGACGGUGCUGAGAAAAAUGCCGUCAUCAAGAAAGUCUGGGAGUCGAGUGUGAGGAAGGCUGUCCUCAAGAAUAUCAUUUUCGAUGGGCAGAAACUUGCAUGGACCUUGAACGAUCACAAGGAUGGUCUCAAUGUCAUGGUCGACCUGGACGCUGAACAAGGCCGUCGCCCAGGUCCCAAUUCCAAACCCAACACCUUCCGUCUACUGGUACGCCCUACCAAAACUGUCGAUCUUUCCGCCUUGAAUCUCUGGCUGCAGGGACGCGCGGAAAUGUCGGAGAAUGUCCUGCAGGCAUUGAAUUUCCUUGACCACGUCCUUCGGGAACAUCCCUCGAGCAAGUACGUGGCAAUCAAACGCUCGUUCUUUGACCCCGAGGGCGCUUGCCAGGAUCUAGGUCAAUGCGUUUAUGCCUUCAAAGGAGUCUAUCAAGCUAUUCGCCCGGCGUUGAACCGUGGACUCGUCGUAAACAUUGAUGUUUCGAACACUUGCUUCUGGUCUCGCUGUGGUGUGAUGCAGGUAGCUAUUGCUGUCCUGGAUGCCAGAGAUAUCCAGGAGGUUAUGCACAGAUGCAAACCUGUUUCCGACAAACAUGGCGGCACGACCGAAUCCCUCGAUUUCUUCACGGUUCAUCGCAGGCUGCGAAAGCUUGUGGUGCAAGCUCACUACAAGGGCUGUCCAUGCACUGGCGUGAACUUCACGAUUAAAGGCUUGAUCAACGCCAAUGCCCGCCAGUACAUUCUCGAAAUCAAGGACAAAGCUACGGGGACGGUUGAGAACAUGAGUGUUGAGCAGUACUUUAAGAAGAAGUACAACAUCUUUCUCGACUAUCCCGAGCUUCCGAUGGUUGAGAUGACCAAGAAAGGUGUACUCUAUCCUAUGGAGCUCUUGAGUAUUCAUGGCUUCACUCGUUAUCCUUGGAAGUUGAACGAGUAUCAGACCUCGGCUAUGAUCAGAUACUGCGCUUCUCGCCCUGCCGAGAGACUGAAUUCGAUCCUGGGUAAUAAGAAGAUGAUGGAUCACUCUAAUGACCCUGUCCUUCGUUUCUUCGGACUACAGAUCGACAAUAGCAUGAUCCGAGGCAAAGCUCGUCUUCUGCCAAGCCCCGAUAUCCAGUUUGGUGCCAAUCAACGCCACAACCCUGGGACCAACGGCCGCUGGGAUCUCCGUGGUAAGAAAUUUUACCAGACCAAUCGACGCCCUCUUGAAACUUGGGGUGUCGGUUAUUUCGUCGGCAAGCGCGGUGCGGCCAAUAAAGCUCAGGUCGAAGCGUUCUGUGAUGGUCUCAUGAAGGCUUAUGCCGGACAUGGCGGACAAGUGGCACGGCGCCCAGUCGUUGUUGAACUCAGAGAGGACAUCGGUGAGGCUAUCAAAAAGCUUCAUGACACAGUCGUCGCCAAGUGCAAUAAACAAAUUCCUCAGCUUCUCUUGGUCGUGGUUCCCAACAAGGAUUCCUUUGCUUAUACCCGAAUCAAGAAAUCGUGUGACUGUCGCUUUGGCAUUCCUUCCCAGUGUGUGCUUGCGUCGCACGUUAUGAAGGGGAACCCCCAGUAUUACUCCAACGUUCUCAUGAAGAUAAACGCCAAACUCGGUGGGACCACAGCACGCGUGGUUUCGAAGGUCUCGGGCGCCACUCUGCGGCCCAAGUCAAUGAUUAUCGGCGCGGAUGUGACUCACUCUCCUAUGGGCAGCUGGACACCUUCCAUGGCAGCUGUAUCGGUUUGCAUGGAUGACUUCGGAGGCCGUUAUUUCGGUGCUUGUGAGGCCAACGGCGAUCGUGUUGAGAUUAUCAACCGUUCCAAUCUGGAGAUCAUGCUGACUCCGUUGAUUCGUGAAUGGAUGUCCACUGUUGGGCAAGGACGUGCCCCAGAGCAUGUCUACUAUUUCCGUGAUGGUGUCUCGACAGGACAGUUUGAGCACGUCCUCAAAAACGAGGUCUUUGAUAUGAAGUCAAUCUUCAUGAAACUUACUCAGGACAGAUGGACCGGCAAGUUCACUGUGGUUAUCGCCAAUAAACGUCAUCACCUUCGUGCCUUCCCCCGACCCGGCGACCGCAAUGCCGCUGACAAGAAUGGGAACCCGUUACCCGGUACUUUGAUUGAGAAGGAUGUGACUAGCCCUCACGACUGGGACUUCCUUCUUUACUCUCACAUCGCGCUUCAGGGUACUUCGCGUCCUGUCCACUACCACGUUAUCCUGGACCAAAUUGGGCACAAAGCGCACGAGCUGGAAAACUUGAUCUAUGAGCAUUGUUACCAGUACAUGCGGUCGACAACCUCGGUUUCACUCCACCCUGCGGUUUACUAUGCGCACUUGAUCGCUGCCCGAGCUAAGCACCACGAAGACGUGCCUGCGAGCUCGGGCCCUCAGAGCGGACCAACCGUUAAGCUUACAAACCCUAAGCCGGAGAACCGCCAAGCCGAUGCCCGCCUUUUGCCUAUGGUGGGCAAUGCGAACAGACUUCCCUUCUCGAUGUGGUACAUCUGAGACGGAUCUUGCGUGAUCUUGGUGACGACGGGAUAAGAAGAGGAGGGAGAGAAUGG